UCCCGCGGGAAUCUUUUGGAAAUGGCUGGAAGCAUCAAAGGGCCCGAACGGAGGAUCGUCCUGGUGGGCAAAACCGGCAACGGGAAAAGCGCGACGGGAAACACCAUCCUAGGAGCCGACAUCUUUGAGUUUGGGAUGUCCUCUAAGUCGGUAACGCUGACUUGCCAGAAAGAGGAGACCUGGUCGAAAGGCCGGAAGAUUGUGGUGGUCGACACGCCGGGCUUUUUCGACACCAAGGUCCCCACAUGGGUAACGGCUGCUGAAGUGAAGAAGUGCGUGAGCAUGUGCGUCCCGGGCCCGCACGUCAUUCUGCAGGUGAUGCGUCCAGGCCGUUUCUCCCAGGAGGAGAAAGAUGUGGCCAAGCUGAUCACUGAGAUCUUCAGCUUGAACGCCAAGAAUUACAUGAUCACCUUGUUCACCCGGAAAGAUGACCUGGAAGGGCAAUCCUUGGAGGACUUCCUCUCCAAGGGAGACCGGGCGCUUCAGGUACAGAUGGCCCAGUGUGGGAACCGCUACCUGGCUUUCAACAACAAGGCCAAAGGCGAAGAACAGGAGAAACAGAUGGCCAAAUUGAUGACCAUGAUUGAUGAGCUGGUGCAGAAGAACAAAGGUGCAAAUUAUUACUCGGAGGCCAUGAUGAAGAAAGACGAAGAGCAGUAUAAAGGGAGAAAUGUCCCCUGGUGUUCUCUUCUCUAA